AUGUCCCCUCGUCUCCCCGGGAAGCUGGCCCAGCUUCCUCUUACUCCGAUCUGGGCCCCUCAAUGCAUUGUCCGCAGCCAUGUCCCCGUCCGCACCUUCGGUAUCCGGUCGUUGAACCCCCCCAAGAACUCGCGCUUCAACGUCAGCCAUGAUCUGCCCGUGCUGAAGUCGACUCCCACCGCCGCCCUCGAACGCAAGGCAAACACUCUCCCUCUCCGAACCGGCGCCAUCACCUUCAAGAAGGGCAUGACCGCCGUUUAUGACCCUGAGACCGGGAAGCGCGUGGCUUGCACUGUUCUCCAGCUGGACCGGGUCGAGGUCGUUUCGCACAAGACCCGCCAGAAGCACGGAUACUACGCCGUCCAACUGGGAGCUGGCUGGAGGCGCCCUGGCAACCUUACCAAGUCCCUGCUGGGUCAUUUCACCGCCAAUGGUAUCUCGCCGAAGCGUCACGUUUACGAAUUCCGGGUCAAGGAUGAGAGCGGUCUCUUGCCUGUCGGGCAGGCGGUCAAUGCCGAUUGGUUCCAGGAAGGCCAGUAUAUCGAUGCUCGGUCUAACACAAAGGGUAAGGGCUUCGCGGGUGUAAUGAAGAGACAUGGCUUCGGUGGUCAGGAUCGCAGUCACGGUGUCAGUUUGACGCACCGUUCGCUCGGUUCGGCCGGUCCCAGUCAAGGUGGUGGUUCCCGUGUUUACCCCGGAAAGAAGAUGGCGGGAAACAUGGGUAAUGAGCAAAAUACGGUCCAGAAUCUGAAGAUUCUCAAGGUGGAUCUGGAGAAUGGACUCGUUGUGGUCAAUGGCUCCGUCAGUGGACCCAAAGGCUGCGUCGUCAGGAUACAGGAUGCUAUCAAGAAGCCAUGGCCGGAAGCCGUUCCCUCGUCUGAGGCAUCUUCAUAG